AGAAGGAUACAAAAAGGAGAAAGAACCGGACAAAAGGGAAUCUUGGAAAAAGCAAAGAGUUCAUCAAGUAGGCAUAGUCAUGCCCACCGUCCGACCCAACACCGCCGUACGGGCCACCCGCGCCCUGCAGCAGAAGUCUAAGCAACCCUCCACCACAUCAGUCAGAUCCUUCUCGGCCACAACAAGAGCGUCUUCGUCCCACGGCCCGCAGUACGACCCCCCGACCGGCUGGCUGUUCGGGGUAAAGCCCGGCGAGAAGUACCAGAAGGAGGGCUGGGAGAACUCAUUUUUCUACGGCUUCUGCGGAAGCGUCGCUGUUGGUGCUAUCGCCUACGGUUUCAAGCCUGACACCUCGAUACAAACAUGGGCCUUAGAAGAGGCGCGACGAAGAUUAGAAGCUGAGGGUAUCCUUGAAGACCCGGACAAGAAGAAAUGAUAGAUCUUCGCUGGUGUAUGGAUGUUAUAAACGGGAGUUAAAGUUGGCACAACAACAACACUGAAUCGAGAUUCGACUUGUACAUGGAUCCCCGGCUUUCCUUUUGACUCUCUGCGUCUCCGUUCUUCUGACGGAGGAUCGCCUUCGAUUAGAGAAACUCAUCA